CCUCCGCCCGAGCCCUUGCGCCUCGUCCCCUGCCCCGUCACCUUCGUCCUCUUCACCACUUGCCUCGUCAGCCUCUCACAUUCCCUCCCUCCCUCUCUCUGUCGUCUCGUAUUCGCUGCAAACCCUAUUUAAACGAGCUCAACAUCACGAGCACGAGCCAAUCGAGGGUUUCUGUUCUGGAAGGAGGUCGGCAAUUAUUAUCGGUCUCGGCCGCAGGUGAAGAUGGCCGCAGAUGCGCCAUCGAAGGUUUUCUUUAUUUUGCGUCGGCUAGCGGGCGUCUGUCGGUGCGCAGUACGUGUACUAAUGGCUCGAUGUUGCCAUGGAUGGGCUGACUGAGAACUGCGUGAAGUAUGUUAAAACGGAUGGUUUUGGCGUCAAAUCAAUGAAACACAUUUCUCGAUGCUUUUGCGUACGGCGAGACAUUCGCCUCGAGAGUUCGAGCUCGCGUCGUCCCGGAGCUCUUCAAGCGUUCCUACGAAGCGAAGUCGACUUCGGAGAGUUGCGGCCAGUGGGAAUUUGGUUGAUGGCUUGUAAAAUUGGCCAGAUGGUAGCAGGCUGAUAUGACCUGACCUGACCGACCGACUGCCUUCUCUUAGCAAACAUUCCCUCGACCGAUUAAUCAAUCCCUCACUCCACUCGAGCAACCGAGCACGAAUCCUAUCCGAACCCUCGAUCGCUGGGGCCAUCGACGAGCAGACAGACCGCCAUGUCUCACUGGCUCGCUGACAGAGCGGAGCCGAGCCGGGCAAAGCAGGCAUGGAUGGCUUGCCACGGAGCUGGCGCGUCGUCGAUCCCGCUGGGCGUCAGGUGUCACGACACGUAGCAUCACAACGAGAGCCCUUUUCAUAAAGCCACGAACUCUCAAGUCAAAAGUACGCGAAGAACCAUCACCUCUCUCGCCGAUGACUAGGAUCCCACGUCAGCCCGAAGGCCACGUAGGCUGACAAAGCGACACCCUCCACAGUCCCAUGCUCCGCCACCAGUCGAGUUGGUCAAUGAUCCCUCCCUCCCAGAGGCGGUGGCCGGGACGCAGUCGACUUGUCCUCCCGCUGGCACCUGCCGGUCGCACGGCAUGCACAACCGCGACCUCUCCGCCCACGUCGCCCUCCCCUCCAGCUCGCGAUUAACUAAGAAAAGCUCCGUCCGAGCAAAUCCGUGCGUCGUAUCGCAUCGUGACCCGAGUAGUGCUGAUGGACUGAUUACUGACGUGGACUGCCGUGGGAGGGGCAGUAAUCCGGGAUUAUUACGGGUUGAUUAUGGUCUGGGAGUGAUUAAGUGAGAGAGUUUAGAGAUUAAGUGAGGGCUGUCACCUGCUGGGCAAGAUUCUAGCUAAAGUUGGCAAGAGCGCUGCUAGUGUGCUGACAGCAGCGAGCGAACGAGAGGGACGAUGAGAAUCACCAACCCUAAAGUCACGACUGCCUUUUGAUUUCUUGCGUGGCGAUGUACAGGGCCACGAGACCUGCUCUUCUUUGUUCCGGGUGUGAAGUAGUGAGAGAUGGUAAUCGAUCUCUGCCCUGGUCAGCGUCUUACGUUGGAGAAAACGUGAGGAUUGUGAUCGAAUCGCCCGUUUGAUCAGCCGAGCACAGUCCAGCCCAGCGAGCACGGGAGGAGCAGGAUUGCAUUUCUGGACUCUCGGCAAUUUUGAGAUUUUGAGAGGGGUUAGGCCUUUGUAUUGCUGUGUCAUCACGGCCUCCAUUUUCAUGCAGCGUAAUCGAAGUACUCGGAUGAGAAAGUAAUCUGUGGCCACAGCUUUCACAGAUUUAGAAGACGAGAAGGAGCUGGAACGUGAUCUUGCACACAUGAAUAGGAGCACGGAGGUUCAAAGACCUCAGGAUGGAUAAUAAGCACCGAAGCUUCGGAAAAAUUGCGUUGGUCACAGCAGGCGGAGGAUUAUGGCGAGUGCUUUGUUGCUGACCGCCUGCAGGCGAAGGAUAUCAAACGAUUUCCAGCAUCUUUUACACCGGCACGAUGGAACUCGCAGUAAGGCGUAUGUAUUUGGUGCAAACUUACAUGGGCAUUCUAUCAAAAGGGAAUGUCGUCAGAUUACAACCACAAGUAGAUUAUGUAGAAAUCCGUGGCGGAAUCUCAAUUCCAGGGAGGCCUUUCAUACGGCCUCUAUUAGGAGUGGGAUGAAGAAUUCUACUGUAGUGGAAGGAUUACUUUUGGCAGUCUCCAAACAAGGGCGAAAAUCAAUUCUUGAGAUUAGGCAAACUUUGAAGGUGACCGGGGAGUCCGUUGCAGCUGUCAGAGCAGAUGUGAAAUCACAGGGCCAAAUAGCAUGGCAAUUAUUAGCAGAGCGAGGUUAUUUGCAAAACAUGGCGUUUCCUUCCUUGGGCAAGGUACUGAAGGCGACGAGCCUUGCCUGUGUGCGAUAUCAAGUCGUUCCUCGGACUCUAGCAGUGGUUUUGGGGAAAGCUACAUGGUUGCAUCAAAGUGCUGCGGAGACUUUACAAAUUCCUGGAAGUAAUGGACAUCAUAAGGAGAGGUCGAUCACCCCAUUUUUUUUUGUUGCAUUGUUACUGUCUUUGAUUGAAGGAUUGAUUUUGAUUGUCAGAGCUGCGUAUCUAGCGGCUCUGUUUACACCGGCGUUGGUUAUGGCGCCCUUCGCCGAUUAUUUGGGACCUUCAUUCCGCACGGCUUGGCUAGAGCUUGUUCAUCACACUUUAGAACUGGCUGGGGCCGCUUUUAUCAAGUGGGGACAAUGGGCUGCUACCAGGCCAGAUCUUUUUCCAAGGGAUCUGUGCGCGUACUUGUCUAAACUCCACUCGAAAGCACCAGCCCAUAAUUUUGCUCAGACUCGAAAGACAGUAGAGAGUGCCUUCGGACGAAAGCUGGAUGAGAUUUUUGAGAAUUUUGAGGAGGAGCCUGUGGCUUCUGGUAGCAUUGCCCAGGUUCACAGAGCGGUUCUGAGAUUUAGACAUCCGGGACAAAAGUCCAAGCCCAUGACAGUUGCUGUGAAGGUGAGGCAUCCAGGCGUAAGUGAAGUCAUUCGUCGGGACUUCACUAUAAUCAACUGGGUAGCCAAAGUGUCCACGUUUUUACCGGGGUUGAGUUGGUUGCGGCUGGACGAGAGUGUGCAACAGUUUGCCGUUUUUAUGUUGACCCAGGUGGAUUUGGCCAGAGAGGCUGCACAUCUGAGUCGAUUCAUCUACAAUUUCAGGAGGUGGAAAGACGUUUCUUUCCCUAAGCCGUUGUAUCCCUUGGUACAUCCUGCCGUGUUGGUGGAAACUUAUGAGCAGGGAGAAAGUGUUUCUCGGUAUGUCGAGAAGCCAGAGAAAACACGCCUAAACAGUGCGUUAGCUCUCAUCGGCACUCACACCCUUUUGAAGAUGCUCUUGGUGGACAACUUCAUACAUGCCGACAUGCAUCCGGGGAAUAUCUUGGUUCGUGUCAAAGACGGUGCCGCUGCCAAAAGCUUGUUCAGGUGGCGUCCCCAUGUGAUAUUGUUAGAUGUUGGGAUGACAGCCGAGCUCUCUCAGAGGGAUCGUGGAACUCUUCUGGAGUUUUUUAAAGCCGUGGCUCUGAAAGAUGGUCGCAAAGCUGCAGAAUGCACUCUACAGUUUUCUCGAUCGCAGAGCUGUCCAAAUCCCGAAGCUUUCAAAACUGAGGUAGAAAAUGUAUUUCGUUACUGGCAAAGCACCAGUGGAGAUGCAUUGCAUGCAGGAGAUUGCAUGCAAGAGCUUCUGGAGCAGGUGCGAAGACACAAAGUCAACAUUGACGGUGAUGUUUGCACUGUGAUAGUGACAACUCUUGUCCUGGAGGGUUGGCAACGGAAAUUGGACCCCGAGCUUAAUAUCAUGGACACACUGCAUACGCUCCUAUUUAAGGCUGACUGGGCGAGCUCUCUCUCGUACACGAUUGACGGACUAAUGGCUCCCUAAAACAUUUUUGCCGAGAAGUUAUCGCACCUUAUCUCUUAUUUGCCCUCCCUUCCAAAAGUAUGACCAAGUUGUGAGAGUUACUUCCGAAGCCAUCUUGCACGUGCACUUAAAGCUUGCAGCUGUUUCACGUUAGAUAACAUAGCAAACAUAGUCAGGUUUUUAGACUUUAAAGGCUUACUCUUUUGACGAGUCUGAGAUAUGCCCGGGGAGUAGAAAGAAAUCUUCUCCACGUAUGUUCGGAGAUCAAACACGAAUGAAUUGGCUCAGGAAGUAACAACAACAUAGCUCCUCCGUCCAGCUGAGAAUGUACAUGAGAACACGGCUUCAAAUUGUCAUAGUUUACACACGAGAACAGCAAUUGUUGUGCCAGCCUGAGUUAGGGGCUCGUCCUUCUCCUUCAUGGUAGUCCAUGCUGGCAUGUAUCAAAUAAUAUUCUCUAGUCACACGAGAAAUCAACACACGUUCCCUCCAAGAUUGUACAGGAGCAAUUGCGUUUCAAUUU